GUUUCUAGAAUGGAUGAGAAGUCUCUGGAAAGCAGUAAAAUAUGAGAACUUCAUUUUUAGUUUCAGAAACACUCUUGUGGCCCAUGCGUACGACAACCUUUGCAAAGAGUUUAGUCAAUGGGAAUGGGAGUUCAAAAGAGAUUCUCACCUGGCAGACAAAAGCAGAGUUAGAAAUCUUAAAUGCUGACAAUGAAUCUCAGGGAGAAACUUGGAACAGAUUGGUUGCAUCAAAAAAAUCAGAGGUGUCAGACAAAAUAACAGACCAACAAGAAAUAAUGAAGCAGAAACUUCAGGACUACUACAAAAGAAAAGACAGACAUGUAAAUUUGAUAGAAAAAUACAAAACUGACUUUCUCAACAGUAUCAACAGUCUUGCAAAUGAAAUCAAACAUUCUGCCUGCACUAAAUUGGACUGUUUCCUUGAGCUAAAAUUAGGUUCAAAAAAAGCUCAGGAGAUACAGAGGAAAUGCAGAGGCGAGAUAGAAGAGCGGGUGAUAAAGCUCCUGACUGACUGCAAAGACUCCACACUGUCAGAUGAACAGCUGAAACAAGAGUUUGAAAAAAUGUGGGCUAAAGCAACUGAAAAUGUACCUCGCCUGAAAGAACGAGAUAUACCUGCAUGCAUUCUCAACCAACUGAGAAAAAAAUUCUCAAAUCGGAAUGUAAAUGAGAAUUUGCUAAAUCUUGAUGAGCUGAAGGAAAUUGGGAAGGAUCAGUUCAAGACCAGAAGUGAUCAUAUAGACUCCUUUAGGAAGAGGGUUCAACAUAUGUGGAGCAGAGACUUACAGAACUUUGCAGACAGUGUCAUUGAGAUUUGCACACAGUUAGUUCUUGAUAAAGCAAAGACAAAUGGUGAUUAUCAUGAAUCCUUCACAAGGGAUCUUCUAGAAAAAGUAGAUGAAUGCCUUAAACAGAGCUACAUGCGCUACAAAACAAAUACACAGUUUGAGAUUGAUCUGAAACUUCACAUUUGUGGCAUUGCCUCAAGGGAAUUCCUAAAAAUGCACCAAAAAUUCUUGUCAGACAAUGAUCCUCAAAUUCAACUGGAGAAGUACAAGUCUCAGUACUUGUCAGAUUUUAUCGAUUUAUACAAACAGACAGAUGAUUGCCAACGCAAAGCAACUGAUUUCGUCACAUUCUGUAUCAAACCUGCUGUUGAAGAGUACAUCAGUAGAUCUCUGGGAAUAGACAUUGUGGAUGAAAUUUUGACCAGUUGCCAUUCAGCAGAGUACAGUUCUCGCUCCUUUUUCCAGUACAACAUUCAAAAAGAGUUGAUGCAAAAGCAAAACUUUAAAAGUUUUGUCAAGUACAUUUGUAAGUAUGAAAUAUAUGUUAAGGAUUGGAUAUUUCAGCACAUCCUGCAACAAAUGGACAACACUUUGUGCAAACUGAAGAAUAAGAAUCUGCAGGUCAUCGUUCACAAAAUAACAGAAGCAAUAGAACGGGCCUCAAAAGGAGAGGAUGGUGUUCUGCUGUCAGAUAACAAGGAAAGUAUCACAGAGCUCAUCAACAACAUGCGCAAAUAUUUGAUCAAAGACAUCUCGAUUUCAGUGGAGGCUGAAAAAACCACCCUGUUUCAAAUCCAAAGCACUCUCCAUCCGUUUAUCAACAGCCUCAAGAUCUCAAUAGAAGACUUAAAAAAACAACUUCAUGAGGAAUUCUCAAACUCUGAAGAAAUCACUGAGACACUGAAUAUACUUCCUAUCAAACCACAGGAUGUGCUUUUCAAGAGGGUCUUUGGCUGUGGACAACUGUUACGCCCCUGUCUAGGGGGGAAGGAGCGCCACAUAAAUGUGUGAUGAAAAUGAACCAAGAAUCCUACCCCGAUUCCCAAACGAACAACUAACACAGUGUUAACAAUCAAGUGAUGUGAUUUAUUUACAAACAGGUGAAACAAAGUGCAACAAAGACUAAACAACAAACUUCAGGGUAAACCAAGGCCAAAACAACAAACAAAACAGGGCUAACUUCCUUAAACAAAAAUCCUUACUAAUCCCUAUGCAAUAUAAAUAAAAUACAGUUACUAAACCUAACUCCCUAUCCUAAUGAAAAACAGGAGAAAAGUAGUACAAAGAAAAUGGCAGCUCACCCUUACGAUACUCACUAAACACAAUCAUACAAAAACACUAUCUACUAAGAUCCUAACAAUUCACGCUAUCGCAAAAACACACACUCUACAACCGAGGACAGAAGGAUGCUGCUGCUGAAGGUU